CAAAGUAGAGCUUUGGUUCUUUCUUCUUUUAUUUCUCUUGCUCUAAUCUCACAAGUCACUUGCAAAUGCUCCCAAUUUCCUCUUCAAUUUAGGGUUUCAUCUUUCGCUUCGAGUUUGCGCAUCCAUGGAUUCCAUCUACGCGAGCUCGACGUGCACGGUUCCUCACCUUCUCCGUCGCGAGACUCUGUUCUUGCCGCGAACAUCGAUUCCUUCUUCCUCGCUUCGGCGAGCGAAGAAGGCGCGGCGCGCGAGGGUUUCGAGUUCUGCCUCGACGACGACGACGGCGAGCAGUAUCGCUUCAAACGGCGCCGUUUCGAGGGCGUUGCAGGGAGUGAGCAAUAAGAGUAACACUGCGCUGGAGCAGCUCGACAUCGAGCGUGGCGUAUGCAUCCCUUUCCGCAAGUACUCGCCGGAGAUCGUGAGGAAUAAGGUAUUAAAAUCAAGAGGGUCCAUUUUGUCACUUAUGUUGCGGGGAGUGGAGAUAGUUUGGAAUCUGGGCUUGUACUGGUCUAACUUGGUGUAUGAUUUCCUGGUUGGAAGGGAUGAAGAGGUUGUUCCGUAUCGUGCUCGACAGCUUAGGAAUCUCUUGUGUGAUCUUGGGCCUUCCUUUAUUAAAGCUGGUCAGGUUCUUGCAAAUAGGCCAGAUAUCAUUCGAGAAGAUUAUAUGAAUGAACUGUGCAUUCUUCAAGAUGAUGUUCCUUCAUUUCCCAAUGAAAUUGCCUUCAGAAUCAUAGAGGAGGAUCUGGGUCAACCCCUUGAAGCUGUUUUCAGCAAAAUCUCAUCAGAGACAAUAGCAGCUGCAAGUUUAGGUCAAGUUUACAGAGCUACUUUACGUGCAACUGGCGAGGAUGUUGCUAUCAAGGUUCAGAGGCCAGGGAUAGAGCCCAUUAUAUAUCGAGACCUUUUCCUAUUCCGCACUUUGGCUUCAUUCUUAAACGGCAUUAGCAUACAGAAAUUGGGAUGUAAUGCUGAGCUGAUUGUUGAUGAAUUUGGUGAAAAGCUUUUGGAAGAGCUUGAUUAUACCCUGGAAGCCCGUAAUCUUGAAGACUUUCUUGAGAAUUUUAAAAAUGACCCUACUGUCAAAAUUCCUCAGGUUUACAAACAAUUUUCUGGUCAACGUGUGCUGGUAAUGGAAUGGAUUGAUGGUAUCAGGUGUACCAAUCCACAGGCCAUCAAAGAAGCCGGUAUUGACGUAGAUGGAUUUUUAACAAUUGGAGUGAGUGCUGCCCUACGACAAUUGUUGGAAUUUGGAUUAUUUCAUGGAGACCCUCACCCUGGAAAUAUUUUUGCCAUGCGUGAUGGGAGAAUUGCAUAUGUAGACUUUGGCAAUGUUGCUGUUCUCAGUCAGCAAAAUAAACAGAUUUUAAUUGAUGCCGUUGUCCAUGCUGUGAAUGAGGACUAUGCUGAGAUGGCUAAUGAUUUCACCAGAUUAGGCUUCCUGACCCCAGGGACUGAUGUGACUCCUAUAAUUCCUGCUUUGGAAGCAAUUUGGCAGAACUCUGCUGGAAAAGGACUGUCAGAUUUUAAUUUUCGUAGUGUCACAGGAAAGUUUAACCAGUUGGUUUACAAUUAUCCCAUUCGAAUCCCAGAAAGGUUUUCACUUGUAAUUCGUUCUUUAUUGACCCAAGAAGGCAUCUGUUUUACCAUGAAACCUGACUUCAAAUUUCUUGAGGUUGCCUAUCCUUAUGUGGCUAAGCGACUACUGACAGACCCAAAUCCAGCUCUACGUGAACGCCUCAUACAGGUUCUAUUCAAAGAUGGCCUUUUCCAGUGGAAACGGCUUGAAAACCUUAUUGUUCUUGCAAAGGAAAAUGUGGCCAAGAUGAGCAACAAUCCAGCAUUGCAAGUGAAAAACACGCAAAGCCAGAGAGACUUAAAAGUUGAAAGAAAACUGGACCUCACAGGCACAAUCAAAGAUGGAGCUCGCCUUUUCUUUGUUGAUGAAGGAAUACGUAGACAGCUUCUCCUUGCUUUGACUGAAGAUUCAAAGCUUCAUAUUGAAGAGCUUGUCGAUGUGUAUAGGUUGGUUGAAGAUCAGAUAGACAUACCUUCUGUGGCUGUAGAAGUAGCUAGAGACUUUCCAACAGUUGUCAGGGAUCUCCUACUUUCAUGGAGUGAAUCAAUCUUGUCUGAUAGAUAGCUAAAUCUUUGGACUACCUGCACAUAGCAAAUACAAUACUGUUUCAGUCAGAUGAGUAUACUGUACACAUGUUCUAUAUUUCCUCUUCAUUUUUCUUUUGCCUUUUCUAUAGUGCCGAAGGUUUACUAUAUGAAAUUUUGAAUGAAUGUGUAGGAAAUGAGUAAAUAUUAAGUUGUAAUUUCACGGGGAAAAGUCCAAAAAAUUCAUGUAGUCUUUGGGCCUCCUUCAACUUUGUUUAUUGAAUAAAUCUAGCUUAUGUUUAAUUUUCAUA